GCAGCGAGGUGGCAAAUGCUGAAAUAGUAAACAAACACGGCAAUGCUUUAAGCAUUACGCCCCAAACAGCAGGUCUCGAAAGCUUGUAAGGAAAGAAAAAGUCGUGUCUCGGGCCACUCUGACAACAGUUUAUAGAAAGUACAUGUUUACCGUUUUGCCACUUAUUCUGUUUUGCCUGGAUGAAUGGUUCCGGGAUUUGCUGUUUCUUUCAGUACGCUGGAUGAACACAGCAGGUCAGGCAGCAUCAGUUAGAAACGAUGAGUCGACGUUUCGGGCCUUCGUCAGGACUGAAAAUGAUCACAGCAUCUGCAGAUUAUUUUGCAUUUGCUGUUUCUGUUUUUGCCCUUCGGCUAUUUCGCCGCAUGGAAGUUGAUGAUUGUCUAAUGGGAGAACCCUGCCAUCAGCGACCGGAAUUACUCAUUUCAUUCAUACCAGACGGGGAUGGCGCCGAUAGAAAGUGUUCCAAUCAUUAUUGUGUCUGAUGUUACCCAGUUAUAUCUUUCCGCCGCCUCUUCAUAUUUUGCUCAUCAGAAAGGAAUCCGUAUUCGGAUCAUAUCGAUUUUAUUUUAAUGUGUAAAUCUCCUUCCACGUCUCAGCCAGCUCUUCGCCCUUCUACGGCUACGUGCAGGAAUAAAGUAGAAAUAACAUGAUGCCCGAAAUUGCUGCAUUGGCUUAUGCUCAGUAUUUUCUCAAUUUGUUCUUUCCUGACUCUCUUCCAGCGAACCUGGUGGCGAUUGUGAUCCUGUCCCGGGGAAAGUGCGGUCUCUCCAAAUGUGUCACUCGCUACCUGAUGGGAAUGGCAGCAGCCGAUCUCCUGGUCGUUAUCUCGCAACCGCUGCUGAUGUGGACUGCUUGGAUUUAUUUUCCCCGAUCAUUUCUGUUCAUUACCCCUGUGUGCAGUCUCGGUACAUGGUUGAUUUCUGCGAGCACCGCGGCCUCUGUCUGGCUGACUGUCGCUUUCACCGUUGAUCGAUUUGUGGCCAUUUGCUGUGAGAAGCUGAAAACAAAAUAUUGUACCAAGAGAACGGCGGCUGUGGUUAUCGGGACAGUGAGUGUGCUGGCCUGUUUGGAGAGUGUCCCAUGGUACUUUACACUAGAGCCUUUGGUAAUAAUUGAUAGUGUUCCCUGGUAUUGCGUUGUUACACCGAACUUCAAAAAUAAUCCCUCGUGGGCGGUAUUUAUGAUGUUUUACCGCAUUUUAACCCCUUGUGUCCCAUUCUUUCUGAUUUUACUGCUCAAUAUUCUGACUGUCAGGAGGAUUCUAGUGGCCAGUCGAGCCCGCAGAGGGCUCCGGGGACAAAAGUCAGGAGAAAAGACUAACGACCGGGAGAUAGAGAGUCGACGCAAAUCCAUCAUUUUGCUCUUCAGCAUAACCGGUUCUUUUAUAUCGCUGUGGGUAACACAGGUGGUAUUUUACUUCUAUCAACGGAUUUCAAUGAAUUUUGUUUAUUAUGCUGUCACGGAUCCAAUUUACAUUAUAGAAGAGUCAUCAGGAAUGCUGCAGAUUCUCAGUUCCUGCACCAACACGUGUAUUUACACCCUGACUCAGAGAAAAUUCCGAGAGCAAAUCAGGAAUGCUGUGAAAUACCCACUGAGUCCGAUUUUGAAACUCAUGAAACGUUAGCAAUAAAUGUUGCACAUUAUUCCAAUUCAGCUGUCUUCAAGCUCCUAUUCCGUACCCUCACUUGUUUGUAUGUAACACUCGAAUCGACUUGCGGCUUAAUAUAGGAGGUGAUAGCCCCCUGCCAGGACAAACUUCAGAAAUCUCGUUUGCGUGGAUGCUGCGCGAUGUGUCCCCGAUAUAAAUCAGUACCCCGAGAUCACAAACAGUACACAUCAUGUGAUUAAGCGAUUAAGCUUUACAACUCUUAUUUUGACUAUAUGGUUAGUAAGGAACAAAAUAUAAAAGAAAAAAAAAUGCCCGAAAUCAUAAGAUUUAAUAAUAACCAGUCUGUGCACAAAGUUGCAGUUCACGCAGUUAGUAGUCCUUCUUCGACCAUCGGUCUCCUCCGAGUGUCGCCGACCUUCGGACACCCGCUCCGAGUCCACCCCGUCCGGCGGUCUAACAAGUCUCUCCAUUCGUGUCCUCGCUCUUCAUCUCUUUCUCUCCCUCCGGCAAAAGCCCGCGGAAAGAACUGCUUCCAGAGUGAACAGACAUAGCAACAAACUCUUAUUGGCUGACAUGCAUCCUUUUAUCUCUAGUGAUAACCCAAACAUUGCUGAUACAGAGAAACCGUUACCUCAGCACUGAACAUUGCAAAGAAGCCAUUACACUUGGAGUGAAACCUCACAGCGCGUUAAAAGUAAAUGAAACAAUAUGGUGAACAGAGUUACAAGCAAAGCUUAAAAAAUCUGCUGAUGCUCGAAAUACAAAUAACACACACACAACCAGCGUCCUCAUGAAGCCUGUCAGUGCGGAACGUUGGAAGUUUUUCUCCUUUCGAACUUGCUCCCUGUUUAAUGAGUUGCACCACCAUUUUGUGUGUGUUGUCUCAGAGUUACAAAACAGUUGUUUACAGCCGAGCCCGACGACAUCCUGGCCUCAGCGUUCCAGAGAAAUCCCCCUUUCAUCUCACCUCCAGCCACGCUGAAAUGGAAGCUGGAGGCGAUCCUGUCACCCUUCUUCCCGAUUCUGACAAAGCUGUCUGGUCUUGGAGCAUAUUUUCGUCGGUAUCAAUCACUCCUGCUCCCAUCAUAACCUGUCCUUUCCUUCACGCUCUUUGUCUCCUCUGUCUCCACCUGUAGAUUUUCGUUUUUUCUUCCCGUUUGAACUAACUUCCAGUAUCAGAAUGUUAGCUCUCAGAGAAAGAGAGUAGGGGAGGAUGGUGAGAGUGGAGAUGUCAUGAAACCAAGAACAAAAGACACACUAAAGCGAAAUGGGAACUGGUAUGGUUUAAUCCUACACAAAAUGUUGGAGGAAGCCGUCAGAUCAGGCAGCAGGAUUGGAGAGAGAAAAAAAAAUCCAGUUCUGCCGAAGGGUCUCUGCACAAAGUGUCGAUCGUUUCCUCUUUUCCAUCCAUGCUGCCUGGCCUGCACAGCUGCUCCAGCAUUUUGGAUUUGUAGAUUCCGCAGUUUUUCUCUGGUGUGUGAUUGCUCUAAUCCUCUUCAGGUUCUGUGCAACACAGAACCGACACUGGACAAAGAGCAAGUGAAUAAUGGUUGAAAAGGACAGUGUGAUAGAUUGCAGAAGUCGAAACAGAUACUCGAUAAUCAACGGAACAAAAGCUCAGUUAAUUUCGAAGUCAUGCAAUUGAGAAAUUGGAGAGACUCUCUAACCAAACACGAUCGGGAAUGUUAUUAUUCAUAUGAUUAGAAAGAUGAUGAGAGAAGCAGCAGUUUCUGAGGGGUGAUUGGUAAGUAGAAGGCGUCAAUUUUUGAACAGCUAGCACAUUUAUUUUUCCUACUUUUACACACUUAGUCCUGCUGUCUUGGAGCAUACG